AUGUACCUGGACAAGAAGGGCAACCCUGAAACACUACGCAAUAACCCCGGCAUCAGACGCUUUAUGUGGGAACACAUCAAUGAUGUUCAUCGGAUUAUGCACCGCAUCGGAGAAGCCGGAGCAACCUUCUCAGGAAAGAAGACACAAAUUUGCAAGCGAGAAGUACUUGUAGUAGGGCACAAAUGCACACCCGACGGACGGUACCCUAACGAUUCGGCAAUCGAGAAAAUACGAAAGUGGCCCCUUCCC